AUGGAGGCUUUGGAGAUCAGUGUGAGUGUAGGGCAUUUGGGUGGACUGGAGGAGCUGGUUACUGUUUCUCGCUUUCCUUACGCUGGUGAACCAAUUGCACAGAAUAAGUUCCUUGGUGGGACGGUUCUUCAUGGCUGUAUUGACUGCUACGCUGGAAUUGUCGCCCAGAACCGUCCAGCAUCAACUCCGCCUUCUCAAAGCCUUGGAAGGCUUGAAAUGGCUGCGAAAUCUAAGGAAGCCUCGUCUGGCAACCAGCACAGCGGGUCUACUCUAGAUAUGGUGGCAGGAACACUGACAUGCUUUAUUGGCUCCAUUCCAAGCUCUACAUCGCCUAUUCCAGGGCUUUGGGGUCCUUUUAACCAGCUUAUGCCUACCCCAGUGUAUGCAUUUGGACAGCCAGCUACAGGGAAGUUGUUUGCUGAGCUUCUUGAAGAAACAGGCGAAACGUUUGAGUCGCUUGAAGCUGCUGCAAGUACAGCCGAAGAAGAUGCCAAUGAACUGUUGGUGGUGCUUUCAAAGAACCAUAUGUACUAUGGCGACCGUCAUGGUAACAGAAGCCCAUAUGGUGACUUCAACAUGGACGAAGUACGUCUAGCAGGAUCCAAUGCCGAUAAGGGUGCUAAAUUUGCUAUUAAGAACAACCACACCCUCCAAUACUACCUUCUCAUUGAGUUCUUGGUCUUCCAGACGAAACAGUUAGUUGACAGGCUCGGACCGUUGGAUGUGGUAAGAGUGAGCGGCUCACAGGCCAGAAAUAAGCGUUUCAUGCGUCUACUAAGUGAAUUUGCAUUUUAUGGGAAGAGAAAGCCAGAAGUUUACGUUGCUGGUGGUAACGCUACCUAUUCAGGUGCUUCAGCGGGUUCUACAAUCGCCAGUGGAAAGAAAAGCGAUACAAAAGACAAAGUCUUCGAAACCAAGCCUUUGCUGGAUACAGAAAAGAAGGUUCUUCAGACAAAAUACGAUUUCUUCUUGGAACUCAGCAGCUGGCAGAACCGGUUUCGCCAAGCCAUGAAAGGUAUCUAA